AUGGCGUCGAAGAAUAGAACCUACCGAGAGGACCAUGCGGAUGAAUACUACCACGGGGGCGAGAAGGCCAAAGGGAAGUUUUACACCCGAGGAGGUGGAGGUGGAAGCAGCGGAUGGGAUGGGCACGACAAGGAAAGGGACGAAGCGUGGGAGUAUCACGACAGGAGCAGAAAUGCCCACCAGGAUAAUUUCGCCGCAAGGGAGUACGACGGCAGGUAUAGGGAGAGGGGCUACGGUGAGAGGCACGAGUCGAGGCAUGGCGAUAGGGGGGACAGAACGGAUCGACCGUACGACAAAUACGAUGAAGACCGGCAGGAGUACGACCCCAAGAGGGGGAAGAGGAAGUACGAAGAGAGGAGGAACGGCCGAGUGAGCCCAGAAAGGGGAUAUGGGGGGAGAGGCGACUCGGAGCAUUAUGAGAAGUACGGCAGUAACAGAGCUGCGGGGGGAGCGGAUGACGGGGAGAGGGAAAACAGGAAGGGCUGGGCUAGCCAUCACGGUUACGGUAAAGAGGGGUACAGAGGUGGCUACAGAGAUAGCUACCGAGAUGGCUACCGAGAUGGCUACCGAGAUGACCACAGAGAUGACCACAGAGACAGCUACAGGGAUAGCUACCGAGAUGGCCACCGGAGAAACGAGCACAAGUCAUUUUCCAGAUACAGGGAGAGCGAAAGGAGGGGGUCGUACAAUAACAGCAGCGUGGAGGAUAGCCAGAGUGAGUAUGCGUCCGGGUCGGAUGACGGGAACGAUAAAUACUGUCCGUACGGCCAGAAGAAAUACAAAGUGGGGGAAAACUCAGAUGAGCAAGGGGAGUUCACAAGGGGGAGUUACUCCCGCGGGGGGUACCCCUAUGGAAGUCACACACACAGUGGAUACACCCGUGAGGGAUUCACAACGAGAAAAAUAAACAACGUAAAUGAUGUGCUGGAAAUGAAGAGCAACAUAGAAUUGUCCAGAUUUAUUUUUAUUUACAAAUUGGGAGAAAACAUAACAGAAGAAGAAAUUGAUGAAAUGAUGAGGAACACAGCCAUCAGUAAUGCAUUCUCUCUACCAGUCAACAUAUAUAUAAAUAGGCUGUCUUUCUUUUCUGUGAAGGAUGAACUGUUCGUAAGGGAGGGUCUCGAAUUUAUAAAAAAUAAUUCCUAUUUUAAUAAUAUCCAGUUGAGCAUAUUAAACACACAAAUGAAUAAUCAGAUUAACGACGACCGAUGCUGCAUCGUUGAGUUCCCAUCCAAUGAGGCAUCCGCAAAGUUGUUUUCCUUAUAUGAGAAGAAUAAGUGCUGUAUCGAAAUGGGUAAGAACACCUCGUAUAUAUUUCCCCUAUUCAAGCUGAAGAAAAAAGUGAAUAAAAUUGUGGAAGAUAAACAGGCGCAAAAGAAAUUCUAUGAUUGGUACUGCUCCUAUUGUAACUUUCUCAACUUCUCUCGUAGAACUGCUUGUUUUUUUUGCAAAGAAACGAAAAGUAGCGAUGCGAAAAUGGUGGAGAGCGAGACGAAGAUUCCUCCUAACGUGUUUAUGAAGAAUGGCGCCGUGAUGGGCACCGCUGCUGUUGCUGUUGCUCCCCAGGAGGGGGGACUCUACGGGGCGAAGGGUGUAUUUAGCGGCAUGCCCAACGUGGAGCAAGCGGCGUUUGUCCUCCCCGGCAGCAGCGCCUUCCUUGGGGCGAACGGCUUGCCGAAUUCGGAGGCCGACCUGAGUCAGCAGGAAGUCAACCCCGCAGUUGCAGCGGUAGCGGCAGUCGCAGGGGGGGCAGCAGUGGCAGGAUUGGCAGCAACCGCCGCUACCUCUGCAACCGCCGUCGGGGGAGCGUACCCGGUGAACGUGCCACCCCUGCUGCGAGGGGAAGAAAACGCGACGGACAAUUUCGAAACGUCCAUCAAGGAAAUCCUAGAGGAUGUCGAAAAAACCAACAUGCUGAUACUGAAAGAUAUAGAUGGGAGCAUCCCAAACAAAGACCUUUUAAAGUUCCUAAACGAAGUGUUCGAAAAUAGACACGUGAAUUAUCUCUACCUGUUUAAUGAUGUAAGGAGCUCAAAUAAAAGGAAGGGCUUCUGCUUCGUGGAAUUUGAGAUGCCCAGUUACGCAGAGCAAAUGAUGAGCGAGUUGGAAGGAAAUUUCUACAUCAAUUAUAAAAAUGAUUUUUUCAAAUUAGAUUAUGUGUACGAAAAGGGAAAGGAAUAUUUUUUCCAUUCCAUCAACUUGGCAAAACUGAAUAUAAAUAAAUCAGCUGCAACUGUGCUUAUGAAAAAUUAUAUUCCUCAUUUUAACUUCUUCGUUAGCUACAUGGAGACCGUAGUAAAUAUGAUGAGCAUAAAGAACUACACGUUCUUCCUCCUUUGGUCUUCCCAAGUGAUUAUACUUAAGAAGGAGAAACCCGCACUGAGUGAAUUUUUUUUUGAUUACAACACCCAUUAUUAUUACCACCCGGUUUUUCAGAUUUAUUUUGACAAUAAUACGAAUUUUUAUAUGUCCCUUUCUAAGGGGUACUACAUUUGGAAUGACAAAAUUAAGUGCCUCGUGAGGAUGUACAUGGGGAAUGAGCAGCAGGUAGGCGCCGACCAGGGCGCGGGUGAUGAGAAGGCACUGGGGAUCAACACAUCCGCCACGUUGGGCACUUCAGACCAGGAGGAGCAGCAUCGGGAGGGAAGCAAGGAGGACACUCCCAGGGGACAUCCCCUCCAGGCAGUGGAUAGCGGCGAGCUGACCGCGCAGGAGAAUGAUCCCACCGCUGGGGCAGGCGGCUUGGCAAGUAGGAUGGGUAGUGGCGUGCCUAAUAGCGCGGCCGACAAUCGCGGUGGUAACGAACCCAUGGGCACUGCAAACCCCACCACCACCGCUUACCCCAGCGGUGGGGGGAAGGUGGCCGAUCCAAAUUUGCCCCCUAAUGAAGAGACCCCCAAAAAUACAGCCCUAGACAAAAUAUCCAGCCUAGUGGAAAGAGCCAAGAUGAUAGCCCUGGCCUCCAAAAAGAACAUCGAGCAAAUGAACAUGAACGAAGCGAGCUCAACCAAUGUAGAAAAAAAAAGCAAAGAAAUAAUUAAGAAGCAUUUCGCUACCGACUCGGCUGAUGAGGAUAACGACGACCUUUCGGACAAGGAAGAGUUGCAAAAAAAAGGACACCACAGCAGCAAUGCGUAUAGCAAGGGUAGCCAACUGAAUAAGGGGCCCAGUAGAAUCACCAGCACAGCGAUGGAAGGAAGCGGUAGUUACCAUAAAGGUUCAUACAAGACGAAGAACUCCCUAAUUGAGAGCCUCGCCAAAGUACAGAAUAGGGGGCAGUGGGCUGGCGCCACGAAGGAGCACAAUAACAAUGCGAGCAGUUUGAGUGAACCCAAUAGAGUACCCAAUUUGGAGGCAGUCAAAGGAGAAGGGACAAACGAGCACUCCUCCAACAGUGGCAACGAUUUGAACAUCUGUUUUAUUUGCCUGCGGAAGUUUGCAAAUGCACAUCUUUUGCAGAAGCAUGUCGAUAUGUCCUCCCUGCAUAAGAGGAACUUCCAGCUGGCGAUGGACGUUGUGAGUGCUGGUUAG